GCAGCCUUUGGAGCAGCCAGGAAAGACCUUGCCUGGGUGAUAUUUCCCAGUGAUUCCGUGUGAUUUUUAUUUUUUUUUGGUAUUCCUUUCCCUCCUCCAUCACGCUGUGGAGCUUCACUCCACCACUACGGUGUUCUCCCGAGCGCUGUGGAGUUGGGACCUGCGGCAUCACCCGCAUCAUCAUCAUCAUCACAGUCGGUUGGCUUUAGCAGAGACCAUUUGACUGAGCACACAGAAGCGCACUGAAGUCCUGUGGAACCUGAAGCAGCAGCUGGGAAAGAGUUCGUCUCCACUGCAGAGAGGUGGACUGCUCUGGGAUUUACAACGAGGACACGUCCAGUUCAAACACUCAGUGCAGGUCGAGCAGGAGAUCGACUGACUCGAAACCAACAAAGGCUGCUCUCUGCAGAGGGGGACGAAGUAAAAAGCAUGAGUUCAUGCAGCACAGAUGUUAAGGAAAAUCGGAACUUGGACAACCUCUUCUCCAAAGAAGGGGUUGCAGCUGAGGCUGCUCAACUCCCCAAUGGGAGUGCUGGGGGUGGGAGGAAACGUCCCUUAGAGGAGGGCAAUAAUGGGCAUGCACAUUCCAAGUACAGGCCCAAGAAGCGUAAGAAAGUCCCUGGGCCCAUUCUACCUAAGAAUGCUCUAAUGCAGCUGAAUGAGAUCAAGCCAGGGCUGCAGUACAGACUGCUGUCUCAGACCGGGCCAGUCCAUGCGCCUGUCUUUGUUAUGACUGUGGAGGUAAACGGGCAGCUCUUCGAGGGUUCAGGUCCUACCAAGAAGAAGGCCAAGCUGAAUGCAGCAGAGAAGGCCCUGCGCUCCUUUGUCCAGUUCCCCAAUGCAUCAGAAGCUCAUAUGGCCAUGGGCCGGACUCUGUCCGUUCACACAGACUUCACCUCGGACCAGGCUGACUUUCCGGACAUGCUCUUUAAUGCCUUUGAAUCAUCAACUCCUGUAGAUGACCCGUUUUACCUCGCAUCCAACAGUAAUGGUUCCUUCAGCUCACUGGGAAUAGAGUACCCACUACUACCCUCCCCUAUCCCAAACCUGGUCCAGGCCCCCUUACCUCCAGCCCCCUCCACCUUCAUCUCCCCUACAAGUGGCAAGAAUCCUGUCAUGAUCCUCAACGAGUUGCGGCCGGGCCUCAAGUAUGACUUUGUGUCAGAGAGCGGGGAGAGCCACGCCAAGAACUUUGUCAUGUCAGUGACAGUAGAUGCUCAGAAUUUCCAGGGUUCUGGACGGAACAAGAAGCUGGCCAAGGCCCGGGCUGCUCAGGCUGCUCUGUCCGCUCUGUUUAACAUGCAGCUGGAUCAGGCUCCAUCGAGACAGCCUAUUCCCAGAGAAGGACUGCAGCUUCACCUGCCACAGGUCCUGGCAGAUGCCGUUUCUCGCCUGGUGGUCGACAAGUUCAGCGAACUGACGGACAACUUCACAUCUCCACACGCCAGACGGAAAGUACUGGCAGGUGUCGUCAUGACAACAGGUACUGAUGUGAAGGAGGCUCAGGUCAUCUGCGUAUCCACAGGGACAAAGUGCAUCAACGGUGAAUACAUGAGCGAUAGAGGUUUGGCCCUAAAUGACUGCCACGCUGAGAUUGUGGCUCGCCGCUCGCUCAUCAGGUACCUGUACUGCCAGCUGGAAUAUUUCCUCAGUAACCACGAAGAAGAGCAGCAGAAAUCCAUCUUCACCAGGUGUGACAACAGACUAGGCUUCAGACUGAAGGAAAACGUCCAGUUCCACUUGUACAUCAGCACCUCGCCCUGUGGAGACGCCCGCAUCUUCUCUCCUCAUGAAGCUGGAGUAGAGGGUGAGUGUCUUCAUCUGGCCUUAGUCAGCUGUGAAAGUUCCUUAGAUUACAUGAACAUGUAUGGCUCACUAUACGAUUCUCAAAGUGUCUCUCCUUGUCUUCUUCCUGUCUCAGAUCAGGGCGACAGACACCCGAACAGAAAAGCCCGUGGCCAGCUCCGCACUAAAAUCGAGUCUGGUGAAGGAACCAUCCCAGUCCGCUCCAGUAACACCAUUCAGACGUGGGACGGGGUUCUUCAGGGCGAGAGGCUGCUCACCAUGUCCUGCAGUGACAAGAUAGCCAGGUGGAACGUGGUUGGAUUCCAAGGCUCUUUGAUGAGCUACUUCACCGAGGCCAUCUACUUCUCCAGCAUAAUUCUGGGCAGCCUGUACCACGCCGACCACCUCUCCAGAGCCAUGUACCAGAGGAUCACGGAGAUUGAGGAGCUGCCACAGUCCUUCAGCUUGAACAGACCACUGCUCAGCGGAAUCAGUAACGCAGAGGCUCGUCAGCCGGGGAAAGCACCAAACUUCAGUGUGAACUGGACGGUGGGAGACCAAGGAUUAGAGGUGAUCAAUGCCACCACGGGGAAAGAUGAUCUGGGUCGACCCUCCAGGCUCUGUAAGCACGCUCUUUACAGCCGCUGGAUACGCCUGCACUGCAAGCUCUCCUCCACCCUGCGGAUCAGAACAACAAGGCCCAGCAGCUACCACGAGGCCAAGCAGGCAGCGGUGGAGUACCACAGCGCCAAGCAGACACUCUUCAGAGCCUUCCACAAAGCCGGACUCGGCGCCUGGGUGAAGAAACCUAUAGAGCAGGACCAGUUUGCACUCACCACCUGAGCCAGCGCUGGGCUGGCAGCGAUGGGGUGUUUGACGAGAAACAUGUCAAAGUGCUUGCUUUGCUUUCUGGGUCAGUUUCAGUGGUGGAAUAAUUCCCCUCUGAAUCGUCAUGGACUGGACUUUUACUGGCAAGAAAGAGGCACCAAAUCCAGAUGUCAGAAUCCAUGGAUUUAUUAUUUCGUCAGUUAUGCAACUUUAUACAAAAGACAAAUGUGAAGACAGACUUUUGGAAAUUGUAAACAGCAUUGUUAGAAUAGUGACAUAUCCAUCUUGCAUGUGUGGUUAUACCAAAUUCAUAGAAGUCUUCAGUGAAAGGUUGAUCAUGUAUCAAUGUUGUGAUAACUUGAGAAUGUGUUUUCUCUGCUUUGUUGCAGUUCUUUGACUGCAAAUUUGAGGUCACAAAGAUUUUCUUUUUUAAUUUCAAGCUCAGAACACGCACACUCACAUGUCUAAAUGGCAUGAAAGACUUUGGAAUGGGAUCCUUCUCCAUCCUGCAUUUCAAACGCAGCUCUACUCUGAUGUAUUUCUUGUCUGUGGUAGAUGAGAUGUCACUUCUGACUGUCCAGAAACGACAGGUUACCCAAUCACGCACCUGGGGGUACCAGAAGCUCAAAACAAUAGUCAAUAGCAACAGCA